ACAAGCGUGAAGGGAAAUAGCCAUGGCGGAUGGUCCUGUGGCUGAACAGCUGCUGCGGCGGCUGGAGGUGGCUGAUGGCGGCCUGGAUAGUGCGGAGCUGGCAGCCGAGCUCGGCGUGGAGCACCAAGCGGUGGUGGGCGCUCUGAAGAGUCUACAGGCGCUGGGUGAGGUCAUCGAAGCUGAACUUCGCUCCACCAAACGCUGGGAGCUUACUGCCGAGGGCGAGGAGAUUGCACGGGAGGGCAGCCACGAGGCCCGUGUGUUUCGCAGCAUCCCCCCAGAGGGCCUGGCUCAAAGCGAGCUCAUGAGACUGCCCAAUGGCAAAGUGGGCUUCAGCAAGGCCAUGUCCAACAAGUGGAUCCAUGUGGACAAGAGUGCAGCCAAUGGGCCCCGGGUGUUCCGAGUGGUCGAUAACAUGGAGGACGAGGUGCAGCGGCGCCUCCAGCUGGUCCAGGGGGGACAGGCUGAGAAACUGGGUGAGAAGGAGAGGAGUGAGCUCAGGAAGAGGAAGCUGCUGACUGAAGUGACCCUGAAAACCUACUGGGUAAGCAAAGGUAGUGCCUUCAGCAUCACCAUCUCCAAGCAGGAGACAGAGCUGAGCCCAGAGAUGAUCUCCAGCGGCUCCUGGCGAGACCGGCCCUUCAAGCCCUACAACUUCGAAGCACAUGGUGUCCUCCCUGACAGUGGCCACCUGCACCCCCUGCUCAAGGUCCGCUCCCAAUUUCGACAGAUCUUCCUGGAGAUGGGGUUCACUGAGAUGCCCACUGACAACUUCAUCGAGAGCUCCUUCUGGAAUUUUGAUGCCCUCUUCCAGCCCCAGCAGCACCCAGCUCGAGAUCAGCAUGACACCUUCUUUCUUAGAGAUCCAGCUGAAGCCCUGCAGCUUCCAAUGGACUAUGUCCAGCGGGUCAAGCGGACCCACUCUCAGGGUGGCUACGGUUCACAGGGGUACAAGUACAACUGGAAGCUGGAUGAGGCCCGGAAAAAUCUGCUGCGCACGCACACCACAGCAGCCAGUGCCCGCACACUCUACCGCCUUGCUCAGAAGAAACCCUUCACACCAGCCAAGUACUUCUCCAUUGACCGUGUGUUCCGGAAUGAGAACCUGGAUGCUACACAUCUGGCUGAAUUUCACCAGAUCGAGGGUGUUGUGGCUGACUACAGCCUCACCCUGGGCCACCUCAUGGGUGUGUUACGAGAAUUCUUUACCAAGCUGGGUAUCACCCAGCUGCGUUUUAAGCCAGCCUACAACCCAUACACGGAGCCCAGCAUGGAGGUGUUCAGCUACCACCAAGGCCUAAAGAAGUGGGUAGAGGUUGGGAACUCUGGGGUCUUCCGCCCUGAGAUGCUUCUGCCCAUGGGACUUCCUGAGAAUGUGUCAGUCAUCGCCUGGGGCCUCUCGCUAGAGCGCCCGACCAUGAUCAAAUAUGGCAUUAACAACAUCCGGGAGCUGGUGGGCCAUAAAGUGAAUCUACAGAUGGUGUAUGACAGUCCUCUAUGCCGCCUGGAUGCCGAGCCAAGACCUUCUCAGACACAGGUGGCUGCGUGACAGUGGGCCACCCUAGGAUAGCCUCACCUCUUCACUCCCUGUGUUCCUGUUGCUAAGAACCUCUGCAUCCCCAGCCAGUGGCCUUCUUGUAUUUAUGAGGCCUCUGUGAGGCCAUCCCCUGCCUCCUCUUGGUGUCUGUUCUUCCCACCAUCCCAGGGGCAGGAUAGUGGUGGCAGGUUCCUUCUGAUGUCCCGGGGGCUGUCUGCUGAUGAGUAUGAGUCAUGGGGAGCCCUGUGGGCCAGCUGCUAUCUAAUAAAGUGGGCAGUUGUCCUUA